GCAGUUGGCUACACCUUCUCAUUUGGGAGGUGACUCCACCUGGCAUUUCAGCAAAUCCACCUCCUUCCUGCUUCUCAUGGCAAAUAAGAUAAAAGAGGGGAAAAGACAGAACUAUUUGCCUCCGAGUUCCAGCCCUUGUAUGCAGCACAAACUGUGCUCUCAUUAACAAUCGUCGUUGGCUAUUUGCAUGUUUGCAUCUCCCAGACAAGUGAAUUGCUCAUGUUCCAGCCAGCGGAGUAUGCAAUUAUCCUUCUGACCAAAAAGGAGUAUUUUUUGCCCCGUUUGCCGGCAUUUACGGAUCAAUGUUCUGCAUGGAAAGGUCUGGAGACGGUUGCCGUCACAGCGAGCAGCACCAAAUGGACACAUUUUCCACACCUGCAGAACAGAGUUCUCAAAGGUCAGCUUGAUUUGUGUUUUUUUCUUUUCUGAAGAGCAAAGAACUGCUGUUGCAAGAAGCUUAUUGUAAACCAACUCUUUUCUUUGCUUGCUGGGAAUCGGAUGGGAGCAAAGCCUACAAGCCUUCUCUUCUGCUUGUAGUCCCUUGGAUGAGUUUAUUUCCCACUGGGCAAAAUAAUGCUGAAUGUCAGAAAAUUGUGCGUAGGAUCAGAUCAAUGCCGAGCCAACUUCAAGGCCAUAAAACUGUGCCAUUAAGUUUAAUUGGAAAAUAGACAUGUUAAGAUACUAUUGAUUGCUGAGAAGGGAGGUUAAGACAGACCAGAAGAAAUAUCAAUGCAUGUUUUGACUUGGGUGUGCUGACCCAACGUGAUGGAACCAAGCCAACCUGACAAUCGAUCUGAUCUUAUGAAUGGCAGUGCUACGCCUGAGGUUCUCCUCAACCCCAGCGAGGUCUUGGUCACCACACUCCUGGGAGGGAUCCUGGCCACCAUGUGCCUCGUUGGGAUGGUUGGGAACAUCUACACCUUGGUGGUGGUCAGCCUCUCCAGGAGACUCAACGGCUCCAUGUAUGUUUAUAUCGUCAACUUGGCCUUGGCUGAUCUUCUGUACCUCUCCACCAUCCCUUUCGUGAUCUGCACUUAUGUCAUGAAAGACUGGUAUUUCGGGGAGGUGGGCUGCAGGGUCCUCUUCGGCUUGGACUUGCUCACCAUGCAUGCCAGCAUCUUCACCCUCACCGCCAUGAGCAUCGAGCGGUACCUGGCGGUUGUGAAGCCCUUGGAGACCCUCAGGAGGAAGAAGGUCUACAGAAGAGCCAUUGCUGGUUCUGUGUGGGCCGCCUCUUUCUUCCUUACCUUGCCCACCAUGAUCCUCAUUGACCUACGGGUGAGCCGCCAAGGAGGUGUGACCAAGCGCAUGUGCCACCCCACGUGGCGCUUGGAGUCCUACAAAAUCUACCUCACCCUUCUCUUCAGCACCAGCAUCUUGGCCCCGGGUCUCAUCAUCUGCUGUCUGUAUGUUCAGCUGGCCAGGACCUACUGGAGAUCCCAAGCGGCCGUCUUUGGCCACAACGAUGUGAAGCGAUGUCCUAAGCGGAAGGUUCUGUACAUGAUCUUCUGCAUUAUCCUCACUUAUUGGACCUGCUUUAUCCCCUUCUGGCUUUGGCAGCUCCUCGGUGUCUACCAUCAUCACCAGUUGGCGAAACUCAAAAGCCCCGUGGUGAUCUGCAUCAACUUCUUGGUGACUUGCCUGGCUUACAGCAAUAGUUGUAUCAACCCUUUUCUCUAUACACUGCUCUCCAAGAAUUACAAGGAGUACCUAAGGAGCCAGCAGAAGAACAGCACACUCCUCUCCAAGGUGAAGGCCAAAAGGGACUCUUCAAGGAAAUCCAUGCUCUCUAGAAGCCAGGCAUGUACAGAGGGCAUGGUCGCUGUGUGAGCAUAGAACUAGAAAGGGAACAAGUCACCAGCA